CUCUUGCAGGGUGGAAAUAAUGCAGGCCAUACUGUGGUUGUUGACGGGAAGGAAUAUGACUUUCACCUCUUUCCUAGUGGCAUAAUUAAUCCAAAGGCAAUUUCCUUCAUUGGUAAUGGGGUGGUUAUACAUUUACCAGGCUUGUUUGAAGAAGCUGAAAAAAACGAGAAGAAAGGUUUAAAGGACUGGGAGAAAAGACUCAUUAUCUCAGACAGAGCACAUAUUGUGUUUGACUUUCAUCAAGCUGUUGAUGGACUUCAAGAAGUACAACGCCAAGCACAAGAGGGAAAAAAUAUUGGCACAACAAAGAAAGGCAUUGGACCAACAUAUUCUUCCAAAGCUGCAAGAACAGGCCUUCGUGUUUGUGAUCUGCUUGCAGAUUUUGAUGAAUUUUCUUCCAGAUUCAAGAAUCUUGCACAGCAGUACAAGUCAAUGUUUCCCAAUUUGGAAAUAGACAUAGACGGGCAACUGAAAAAACUAAAGGGAUAUGCUGAAAAAAUAAGACCAAUGGUCCGAGAUGGUGUUUAUUUUAUGUAUGAAGCUCUUCAUGGGUCCCCAAAGAAAAUUCUUGUUGAAGGUGCCAAUGCAGCACUACUUGACAUUGACUUUGGCACAUACCCAUUUGUGACUUCAUCAAACUGCACCGUGGGUGGUGUGUGCACAGGACUCGGUGUUCCUCCCCAGAACAUUGGUGAAGUAUAUGGCGUGGUGAAGGCCUACACCACAAGAGUAGGAAUUGGAGCCUUUCCCACUGAGCAGAUUAACGUAGGUUUGACAGUACAACACCAAAUGUGUAGAGCAGGGGUUGGCAAUGAUUUUGGCUGGGGUGCCAGAAACACCCCAACCCUGACCCAUGCCUCGACAUGGUGUGCCAGGAGCAGGCUGUGGGGGAGCUGCUAAGGGCCCGAUCCUUGUUGAUGGCAGUGGCUGCACAUGCACCUCUGGGUCAAUGGUGGUGGAGGGGCCGGGGUUCCACUUCCUCAGCCCCUUCCACGCCCUGCACCCCAAGGUGUGCAUGCAGUCACUGCCAGCACGGAGUUGAUCCCAGGGCCCCGGAGCCCAGUGC